UUAUUACUCUGGGAAUAGGGGGAAUAGUUUCGAGUGGUUUCGAGCAUUUGUGAGUUUGUGUUUUCACGUUUGCCUGCGUUUGCCAAAAUGGCAGAAAGCAAAUCAUCUCGUCGUGUCGCACAAAGCGAAGAUUUAUCAAAUGUUGAAUUUGAAACAAGUGAAGAUGUUGAAGUUGUACCAACUUUUGACAACAUGGGACUCAGAGAAGAGCUUCUCCGAGGAAUUUACGCUUACGGUUUUGAAAAACCAUCAGCAAUUCAACAACGUUCAAUAAAGCCAAUAAUGAAAGGUCGUGAUGUUAUUGCACAGGCACAAUCUGGUACUGGUAAAACAGCAACAUUUUCAAUAUCAAUUCUUCAAUCACUUGAUACAACAGUACGUGAAACACAAGUAUUAGUAUUAUCACCAACACGUGAAUUAGCUGUACAAAUUCAAAAAGUCAUAUUGGCACUUGGUGAUUUUAUGAAUGUACAAUGUCAUGCAUGCAUUGGUGGUACGAAUCUUGGUGAAGAUAUUAGAAAACUUGAUUAUGGACAACAUGUUGUUUCUGGUACACCAGGAAGAGUAUUUGAUAUGAUUAAAAGAAGAGUUCUACGUACAAGAGCAAUUAAAAUGUUGGUUCUAGAUGAAUCUGAUGAAAUGUUAAACAAAGGUUUUAAAGAACAAAUUUAUGAUGUUUAUCGUUAUCUUCCACCAGCAACACAAGUUGUUCUUGUGUCAGCAACAUUACCCCAUGAAAUUCUUGAAAUGACAUCAAAAUUCAUGACUGAUCCAAUUCGUAUUCUCGUUAAACGUGAUGAAUUGACUCUUGAAGGUAUUAAACAAUUUUUCGUUGCUGUUGAAAGAGAAGAAUGGAAAUUUGAUACACUUUGUGAUCUUUAUGACACACUGACAAUAACACAAGCUGUUAUAUUUUGCAAUACAAAACGUAAGGUUGAUUGGUUAUCUGAUAAAAUGAGAGAAGCUAAUUUCACUGUUUGCUCUAUGCAUGGUGAUAUGCCACAAAAAGAACGUGAUAAUAUUAUGAAAGAAUUUCGAUCAGGACAAAGUCGUGUACUUAUCACAACAGACGUAUGGGCACGUGGUAUUGACGUACAACAAGUAUCACUUGUAAUUAAUUACGAUUUACCAAACAAUCGUGAAUUGUACAUCCACAGAAUUGGAAGAUCUGGACGUUUUGGAAGAAAAGGUGUAUCAAUUAAUUUUGUUAAAACUGAUGACAUACGUAUCCUUCGUGACAUUGAACAAUAUUAUUCUACCCAAAUUGAUGAAAUGCCAAUGAACGUUGCUGAUUUGAUAUAAUUAAAUCAAAAAAAAAAAUAUUAAAAAUACAAUUAAAUAUAUUCUUUUUUUUUUUUUUAUAUCAUAGCUAAUUUUUAUUGUCAAUUCUCUUUUUUUUUCUUCGCUUUUUAUUUAUAAUAAAUAAGAAUUAUCAUUACGUUUAUGAAUCAUUCGAAUAUUUUCAUUUUUUUUUUUUUGUUUUUGUAUUUAAUGAAUUGUUUCUCUUUGAGAUAAUCCAAUAUUGUAAAUUAACGUAACAAUAUAAAAAUUAAAAUACAAAAAAAAAACAGAAG